CUGAAACCACAGAAUGUUCUUCUUGCUGCUGCUUUCCAUGAUGGAGCUGGGCUGGGCAGCACCUGACAGCCCACCAAGCAAAGAAGGUAUUGCUGGGCCAAAGGCAGUCGCAACUCUCUUUCAAGUUGCCCGGCUUGGUCCCUGGGAGGACAACCUCAGUUUUUCUAGCUUAUCUUGUGAGGAGUUUAAUAUGACAACAACAGCCACCUUGUUUCUAGUAAACAGAAGCCUCACAAGCUUCCCUCCCUGUCUGCCAAGGACACUACAAAGCUUAGACCUAAGCAGCAACCAGCUCAAGGAACUGAGAGAUCAGGACCUGAGGGACCUCUCCAAUCUUCAAGUUCUUAUCCUGAGGAACAACCUGAUCCAAGAACUUCACUGGGGGGAGACUCCUGUCUCUGAAAGCCUUGAAACUCUGGACCUAAGCUUUAACAAGCUUUCAUCCGUACCCAGCUGCCACACUGUGAUGCUACAGAACCUGACAUGGCUCUCACUUGUGGGAAAUCCUAUCCUGGAAAUCCAACCUGGGGCAUUUUCAUGCUUUCCAUCCCUACGCUUCCUUAACCUGUCGGCUACCCUGUUGGGGAAAAAUGACCAAGAAGGGAUUAAAGAGUCAGCCUUUGCUCAGAGAAUAUUAGGCCAAGUUGGAGAAAAGACACCUAUGCAUACCAUGGAAGUAUUGGAUCUGAGUGGGACUUUUCUUCCAGAAAUCCAGCUAGGAUGGAUCAGGGACGUACCAAACCUCAGGUCCCUCUACCUUAAGAAGAUGGCAAGACUGAAAAGCCUCGAUGGGGAAAUAUUCAAGGCUACCCCUAACCUGAGAGUACUGGAUUGUCAAGACUCUCAAGUGCUGAGUUUUGUUAAAACAGAAAUAUUUGAAGAUACUCCUCAUUUGCAGUCUCUUCUACUCCAAAACUGCAACCUGAGUUCCUUCCAGCCUUGGACCCUGGAUUCCUCCCAGGUUAUUUUCAUCAACCUGUAUGGCAAUCCUUUAACUUGCAGCUGUGACUUGUCUUGGCUCCUCUCCAAGAAAAUGGUCUUGAACAGGCCCAACGACACUCUCUGUACUCCAGCUGCAGACCCCAACAGUACAUUUUCGUCUUCUCUUUCCCUCUCCCAGCUGUACAGUAAGUGUCUUUCUAAAAGAAACACAACCUCCAUCACAUCAAGCCCUCCUUCCUUGGAAAGCAGUGCUGAUAACAAUUCCUCUAACAAACCAUUAAAUGGAUCAAAUCAAUCAGUGACACUGGCUUCUCCUAGCUUCCACAAAACACAGCCCACUGCAUUUCCUGCUUUAGGGACACCUAAUAUUACCAAGGAAAACUCCAUCCUGAGCAAGAAAGCUACUUUUGAUACACCAAAACUUGCUCUGCCUACCCAAAAUGGUGGAAGGACAGCAAUCAUCCCUACCAUAGUCUCUACAGUAGGUCCUCGUGACUGGGCCAUUCCACCCAGUGCUGGAAGAACAGCUCCAACAAAACUAAGGAAAGAAAAUGCUAUUAGGAAAAACUUCCUUAACCAAGCUACUAUUGGACCAGGUAUCUCAGUACCUACUUCAGACUCUACCCCAUUCCCUAGGAAGCACCCCAGGAUCCCCUCUCUUCCACACACGGUAAGCACUCCCCAGACCAAUCAAAGGGCACAGACCACUACUGAGAGACAUCAGCCAAGUGCUUCAGUCAUAGGGAUUCCAAUCGACAUGCUGGAUGACUACAGUGAGGAGGAGGAGGAGGAGGCAGAGGAGAGGAAGGAUGUGGUUAAGCAAGAUAUUCUCUGUGAUUAUCAUCCUUGUAAGCAUCUCCAAACUCCAUGUGAUAUACUACAGAAAUCAUCACAGUGCCGGUGCCCUGGCCUCAGUAGAGAAGACACCAUCCCAGACCCACCUAAACUCCAGGAGGUGUCUGAGACCACUGAUACAUCUGCGCUCAUCCACUGGUGUGCACCCAAUUCAGUGGUGCGUAUGUAUCAGCUUAUCUACCACCCUGAAGACAGAGCAGAGAAACAGACAGUACUGAAAGAGAUCUAUGCCAUAGCCAGGGAGCACCCCUUGCAUGGGCUCUCACCAAGUACAACGUACAAUGUCUGUGUGUUGGCAUCUAACAAAGCAGGUCUGAGUCUAACCAGAACAAGUGAAUGGAGAAAAGCAUGUACCACAUUUACAACAAAGCCAAGUUUCUUAUUCAUUUUUGCAGGUCUGUGCAGCACAAGUGGACUGCUUUUACUUAGCACCUUUAUAUUGUCUGUCUGUCUUUAUAAGAAGUGCAAAACAAGACAUGCAGAACAAUAUGAUACACACCUUGUCUCCUACAAAAACCCAGCGUUUGACUAUCCGUUAAAACUCCAGACUUUUAAUUAGUCUUCAAGAGAACUAUCAAGAAGGCCUUUCCCUAAAAGCCCAUUCUAGGGAACUGGCCACCUUUGAUCAAGCUACGUGGAAGCCCUACUAAGGGAGGACAGAGAAGACUGAUGGUCUCUAAGGUCCCUUAUAGUGAUAAAUUUAUGAUCCUAUGAUUUGUCACUAGGAAUGCUACUGACUUCUGCUUCCAGAUCACAUUCCUGAUAAGGAAUGUGAUCACUUUUUUCCAAAUCUUCCUUUUUGACUACUCCACUUCUGGGAAUAGGCAGACUAUGGAGAGAAGUAGUUUUAUGUGCAACACUAGGUCAUUCCCAGAGCUCCCCAAAUAAUUGCAGGUCACCUUAUACUUCAAGAACCUAUAAAUUCAUUGUGUGCGUAGGCACUCCUGUCAAGAAGAUCUGAUAAUACAGUGCUUUAAGGCUUGGAAAGCUGCUUCAUAGGCAUUAUCUCCUUUGAGCCUCUCCACAAUCAUGUGAAUUAAGUACUAUCGCUAGUAGUAGAUAAUAUAGUAUAUAGGUCUUUGAGACUGGCUGUAACAAAUGAUUUUCACUCUAUCAACAGGUAACUGGUGAUGGGUCUUCUCCAGACUCAGCUAGAUUAAUUCUUAGAAAACGGACAUUGUCUUUCCAUACUGUCAAGUACUGGGCAUAGUAAUUUACUUCAAUUCAACAUUUAUUGGAUGUCUGCUAUAUGCAAUCUGAUGUGCUACCUAGUUAAGACCUUGAAUGUUUCAUAGAUUGGUGCCACCUCAAUACUUAACAGAAACAUUUAAAAUGAAGUCCUAAUGCGAGCAAAGAAUUCUCACAUUGUUAUCUUGCCUUCUUUAGACAUCGAGUCCAGCUAAGACAUAAAUGAUGACACGACACUGGCCAAGGAAUGUGUCCAAGGAUUUCAGUGGAUUCUUCCUCUGAAGGUUGAAAUACAUAGAUAUAAGUAUAGACAGAGCUUCUGGCUACAUUAGCUGGGAGUAGACAGGAUUCCUGGCAUAUUAAUUUCACUUCCGUGGCUAAAAUAUCCUACUUUCAAAAAACAAAACACCAGGACCAACUACUUUCCAGAGACACAAAGAAGGCAUCUCCUCCAUUCUUAGUACCUGGGAAAAGCAACAUCUACUAUGAACUUCAGCCUCUAAGAUUCUAAAAAGAUCUAUUCUAGUGAAAAACAGGAAACAAGCAUACAUUUUGGGGUUUUAGUGUAUUAAACAUGGAUAAAACAAAUUCUUAAGUAUACCUAUAGAUAAAAACAAUUCCCCUUCUAGUCUUACAAAACAUGUGGUUUUGAUUUGUUCUUAAUGUUUCUCACCUUCACAAAAACAUGGGAAUAAGUAAAUAACUGUUUAAAGCCA